UCAUCGCAUUGGAAUUCGGAUUCAAUUGAGAUCCGAACAACUCCUGAACGGCACCGUUGUAGGCUGAGCAGUCGGAAUGAACGCCGGCGACCGUGACGUCAAAAAGAUCCUACUGACGUCACUCUCCGCGAUGGUGGCGGAGACUGCGACCUUCCCCGUCGACCUGCUGAAAACUCGUCUCCAACUCCACGGCGAGUCAAUACAGUCGGUUCGCCCAGCCUCCGCUUUCAGAAUGGCGUUGGAUGUCACUCGGACUGACGGCGUUUUGGGGAUGUACAAGGGCUUAUCCCCAGCUAUUUUCCGGCACAUGUUCUAUACUCCGAUUCGGAUCGUCGGGUACGAGCAUUUGCGCAACUCUUUUGUACAGUCCUCAGAUAAUUCACUUCCCUUUUACAGCAAAGCAGUAAUUGGUGGGAUCUCUGGCGCGAUUGCGCAGGUAAUUGCGAGCCCUGCUGAUCUCAUCAAAGUAAGGAUGCAAGCAGAUGGUCGUUUGGUGAGCCAAGGUAUCCAGCCCCGAUACUCAGGGCUGUUUGAUGCUCUAAACAAGAUUGUUCGUGCUGAAGGAUUUUUGGGCCUCUGGAAAGGUGUUUCCGCCAAUGUCCAAAGAGCAUACUUAGUAAACAUGGGAGAAUUAGCCUGUUAUGAUCAUGCCAAACGAUUUAUAAUUGAAAAACAGAUUUGUAAUGACAACAUAUAUGCGCACACUCUAUCUUCCAUUGUGUCUGGUCUUUCAGCUACUGCAUUGAGCUGUCCAGCUGAUGUAGUUAAAACUAGAAUGAUGAAUCAAGUCGCUGGGGUAGAAAGCAAGUUUAAAUACAAAAACUCCUAUGAUUGCCUCAUGAAGACUGUCAGGAUUGAGGGAUUGAAGGCAUUGUGGAAGGGAUUCUUUCCUACUUGGGCUAGGCUUGGUCCUUGGCAGUUUGUGUUCUGGGUGUCCUAUGAGAAAUUCCGAUGGAUUGCUGGCCUACAAUCCUUCUAAUAAGUCCUCUAUUGGAUCCUGAAUAUGUGCACCCUUGUAUGAGUUACUACUGAGCUGCACAUAGGCAACAGAGUACACUGCUUCACACCAUUUUGUAGUUUUGCGUUCCGCAGUCGGUCUGUUUUUUUCCUAUUCAUGCAGAAUUUCGAUCAUUUUUUGGUCAAAUAACAACAUGCUUAAUCUUCUGGGUUAAAGAAAAUGUAUGGAAAGCUGACUUGGUUAGGAAGGCUGAUAAAACAGACUAUAUAUCAACAGAGUACAUAUCUUAUUAUCUUCAUUCUUUUCCCAAACUGUCAAUGUUCUUGCUCUAAAUCUGAAUUACUCUACUUGUUGGCCAUAUUGGGACAUAAGUUGCUAUCUUAGUUCAUUUGUGCUGUGA